AUGACCACUAGCUCGAAUGUGUGGGCUUUUCCUGAAGCUCUAUGUCCUGAUUGUUCAACAUGCAACAAACCCAUCGGAGUUUACCAAUGCAUCGGUUGUGGCAAGAUCUUCUGCUCACGAGAUACUGCUGGCCACCGGCAGCUGCUAAGAAGCGAAUUACAUGAAUUGAUUCACGAGAGCGAACAAUGGAAUAACUACUGGCAUGAAGAGGCGCGCAAACGGCAAAAAGUUCUGAAAACUAAACAGGAGGAUAUUUAUCAACAGAUUGAUGAUUGGGAAUUGCAAGCGAUUGCAAAGAUCAAACAAGCAUCGGCUGAAGCUCGAGAAAAAACGAGAAGAUUAUUCGAGCAUCAUUAUAAUCUCCUACCGAAAUGGACUUUACUGGAUGUUUCAGCCUUGCGACGAGCUAUGGAAACAGAUGGAUUUUUAGAAACACAUUUAAGCAAAUGGAAAAUUCAACUGCAACGUCUAAAGGGAAAAAUUAACACAUUCAUCACAGAUUUCAUUCGCAUUCGAAUGGUCGAUCCGUUUCUUUCGAAACUCGUUAUUGACGGUGAAUAUACAGCUUAUGACGCAGUCGAACCAAUCGAGGAUCCGGAUACAAAAGUUCUCGUUCCACCUGUUCAUCUAAUGGUGCCAAUUGAUGGAGAUUUUGACCCAUAUAAUGAGGGCGAAUUAAAAACAGGCAUUCAUCAUUUUCGUUACAAGAGUAAAUGCAUCUUCUUUGGAGUAGCAUCGAAAAAAGCCAAUAUAGGCAAGGAGCCUUGGAACACCCCUUCGACUUACGGGUGGACUGGAGAUGACCUUGUUUAUCUCAAUGCCAAUCCUAUUCAAGGCUAUGAUGGAUAUCGAAGCAAUCUAGAACUAGGUGAUACCUAUUUACUAACAGUGGAUUGCGAUCAUAAAGUGAUUCGUUUAACGAAUGAACGUACUAACGAAGCUCAUGUCUUGGAUGUUGAUCCAACGAAAUGUCCUUUACCAUGGCAAUUAAAUGUUCGGUUUCUUGAUCACGUUCAACCGUAA